AUGGUUGAGAUGCUGAAGAUUGUAUUGUCUGAGAUGUUCUCUGAUGUUCUGGUCUCUGAUGCUCUGGUCUCUGAUGAUCUGGUCUCUGAUGAUCUGGUCUCUGAUGCUCUGGUCUCUGAUGUUCUGGUCUCUGAUGUUCUGGUCUCUGAUGCUCUAGUCUGGUUCUGUGUCAGAAGUCUAGCUGAUGCUCUGGUUCUAUGUCUGAGACCAGAGCAUCAGAGACCAGAACAUCAGAGACCAGAACAUCAGAGACCAGAGCAUCAGAGACCAGAACAUCAGAAACCAGAGCAUCAGAGACCAAAGCAUCAGAAACCAGAGCAUCAGAGACCAGAGCAUCAGAGAACAUCUCAGACAAGACAAUCUUCAGCAUCUCAACCAUCUCUGAACCAUGAAGACCCUGACUGCUCUACUCCUCCUGGGACUGCUCUGCUCCUGCAUACGACGUCUGCACAAGGUGUCAUCGCGUUGGAAACGUCAACUGACUGCUGUAUGAAAUUCAGCGCGAGGAUCCCUCUUCAACAAGUAGUUUCUCUCAGAACAACCUCCAGUAGCUGCCCUCGCAAAGCACUGAUUUUCACCACAAAGAAAGGGAGGACAUUUUGUGUUGACCCUUCUGAAGCCUGGGUCCAGAGUCAUGUGACCAAGAUUGAGAGCAGGCGACAAUGAUGUCAUCGACCACCAUCACCCCCUAACACCCCAACCCCUUGUUGGUGCACUUUAAAGGGAAUAGGUUACCAUUAGUGACUCAAACCUUGUCAUGCAUGUCAAUACCCUAUCUGAGAUUGGUAUAGAUUAGGUUCAGUGUAAUGUACUAGGUUAAUAUCCUAUCUGAGAUUGGUAUAGAGGAGGUUCAGUGUAAUGUACUAGGUUAAUACCCUAUCUGAGAUUGGUAUGGAUUAGGUUCAAUGUAAUGUACUAGGUUAAUAUCCUAUCUGAGAUUGGUAUGGAUUAGGUUCAAUGUAAUGUACUAGGUUAAUAUCCUAUCUGAGAUUGGUAUGGAUUAGGUUCAAUGUAAUGUACUAGGUUAAUAUCCUAUCUGAGAUUGGUAUGGAUUAGGUUCAAUGUAAUGUACUAGGUUAAUAUCCUAUCUGAGAUUGGUAUGGAUUAGGUUCAAUGUAAUGUACUAGGUUAAUAUCCUAUCUGAGAUUGGUAUGGAUUAGGUUCAAUGUAAUGUACUAGGUUAAUAUCCUAUCUGAGAUUGGUAUGGAUUAGGUUCAAUGUAAUGUACUAGGUUAAUAUCCUAUCUGAGAUUGGUAUGGAUUAGGUUCAAUGUAAUGUACUAGGUUAAUAUCCUAUCUGAGAUUGGUAUGGAUUAGGUUCAAUGUAAUAUACUAGGUUAAUAUCCUAUCUGAGAUUGAUAUAGAAUAGGUUCAGUUUAAUGUACUAGGUUUAUGAUAUACUACUUGUUUAUUUUUCUAAAACUGUAAACAUAUUUGACAUGUUUAACCUAUUUAAUAUUUUGUAAAGCCUUUGAAGAUUUCAA